AUGGCGUCCUCCCUUCGUCCAGCAUCUCGCCUGGUCGCGAGACCACUGGCGUCGUCUAUGGUUGCCCUCCGACAAGCUCAGUCGUCGCCGCUCCUUCGCGCCACAGCUCAAUUCCAUACCUCAAGUCCUCGAUGUGCCACCCCGGCGGGCCCACCGCCAAAGGGAUUCAGACUGCCUAAGCCAAAGAGAUUUGACGAGGGCGAGAGCGCUGCGGACAAGGCCAGCAACUACUUUCUCCUGACCGAGAUGUUCCGCGGCAUGUACGUCGUAAUGGAGCAGUUCUUCAGACCACCCUACACAAUCUACUAUCCUUUCGAGAAAGGCCCCAUCUCUCCCAGAUUCCGCGGCGAGCACGCUCUGCGCCGGUACCCCUCAGGCGAGGAACGAUGCAUUGCUUGCAAGCUUUGCGAAGCUGUCUGCCCGGCAUCAGCCAUCACAAUUGAAGCCGAAGAACGAGAAGAUGGGUCUCGGAGGACAACUCGCUAUGAUAUUGACAUGACAAAGUGCAUCUAUUGCGGCCUCUGCCAAGAGAGUUGCCCAGUUGAUGCUAUCGUCGAGACACCUAACGCAGAGUAUGCCACCGAGACGAGAGAGGAACUGCUCUACAACAAAGAGAAGCUACUGGCGAACGGCGACAAGUGGGAACCCGAAAUCGCUGCGGUGGCGAGGGCCGACGCGCCAUACAGAUAA